AUGGCUGGCAUUAGAGAGGGUGCAUGCUUCCAAGCACAGUGGUGGGGCAUUCAGGAGUCCAGGGCCAUGUUUGGACUCCUGGUGAAAAAACAUGAUGACCGGCUGCUGCAGGGAGGGUACCAGGGCUCAGAGAGCAAGGCAGAGGCCUGGGACCGGCUGACACAUGAACUCACUAGUGUGACAGGUAUCCCCCACACAGCUGCAGAGGAGAUAGCUCGCAACAUUGAGGUGGAUGCCGGGCACUUGGCCAGGUUGUGCCGUGAGUGUGAUUGUCAGCAGACCUGUAGCUUGGGCACAGUAAAGGAGGUGACUGGAUGCAAGCUGUUAGUUGUAUCUCAAUAUCAAAAGGCAUAUGGGAUCGAUGUGGAUUAUGCAAACUAUGCAUAUGAUGAUCAGUACAUUAAUUGUGCACAUGAUUUUGAGAGGAAGAGAAUUAAGCCAUUAUUUAAAAAUGAAAUAAAAAAAAAGAACAAUUACAAUGCUGUAUGGAAUAAGGCUGCAGGUGAAUGGAAAAAAAAACAGUCACAUAUAACAAACCUUCCUCAUAAUUUCAAAAAUGAAUAUGGAAUUGCUCUGACUGCAUAUACUAUGGAAGGUAAUAGUAUAUACAGUGACCUAAACAAAGCUGUACGUGAAGCUGGAAAAAAUCUGAACAGCUUUCAUUUCAAGUAUCUUCACUUCUAUUUGACAAAAGCUUUGCAGAGUUUGCGUAACAAAUCUAAUAAUAAAUGCUUUACUGUCUUUAGAGGAGUCAGUUACAAAUUUGGCUCUGUGAAUAAAAAUGUACGGUUUGGAAAUUUUGCCUCUUCAUCUUUAAAAAGAGAUGUAGCUAAAAACUUCAGUAAAGGAAAUGGCUUGUUUCAUAUUCAGACAUGUCAUGGUGUACGAAUUGCCAAAUUUUCUGUUUUUCCAAGUGAAGAAGAAGUACUAAUUCCUCCAUAUGAAGUCUUCAGAUCUACGAAGAAAAGCAAUUCAUUUAUGUACCUUAAAUCUCUGGGCAUCUGCAGUAACUAUAAUUGUGGAAUUAAACAAGGUAAUCUUAACUAA